GAGUGUGGAGCGACGAGACGCGCUGCAUACCAACAGACACGUACGGGAACGGGCUAAUUACGGCUCGAGCGGCGACUUGCGACUGGUUAGGACGCACGCUCUCCAUCCUGUUCUCUGUCCAAAAAAAAAAAAAAAAAAAAAAACAACAUCUCUAUGUCAACUCAGUGGACAGUUUAAUAUUUUUUGUGUACCUCCUCUUCACUGUUCUCUUCAGUAUUUUCUCUUCUCUUUAAGGCACUGACUACUAAACUGUUGGGAAUAUUUCUUUUUUUUUCCUUCCUCCUCUACUAUUUUGCAUAUCAAGACAUUGAUACUAAACUGCCUUCUUCUCCUUUCCGACUGGGGGGCCAUCGCAAGGAAAAAGGAAAAGUCACGUGGAUAAGACUGAUGUUUUCGUCCAGUCAUAUGUAGAAGUUUGGACUAUUGCUGUUGGCAUUCAUCCUCUGGGUCGGUAUUUUUUUUUUUUCCUGCAGAGAGAUUCCCCGCCACGACACACGAACAGGAGGAAUAUCAAAGCAUCUGGCAGCAAAACAAGCAGAAAAUCAAUCAGAACUCCAUCAUGGGCUGCCCUGUCUUGCGGAACGCGUUUGCUGGUUUGAUUCUGGUUCUGCUGUCGAAAGCAGGGUCCAGUGUGCACGGGGAGGAAUUCGGACACCCAGGCAACAUUACAGUUUUGGAAGGAGACAGUGUUACUUUGAGAUGUCAAAUUGAUGAGGAGGUGACCCACAAGGCCUGGCUAAACCGCUCUAACAUUAUGUUUGCGGGAACAGACAAGUGGACGCUAGACAAGCGCGUGUCGCUGGUCAACAGCAACAACAGCGACUUCUCCAUCCACAUCAACAAGGUGCAAGUAACCGAUGAGGGUCCCUACACCUGCACCUUCCAGGCUAAUAAUAAACCUCGCAUCACCCACGUCUACCUCAUCGUUCAAGUGCCGGCCCGAAUCGUCAAUAUCUCCAAAAACGUGUCUGUGAACGAGGGAGAGAAUGUAAACCUCUACUGUCUGGCAGUGGGGAGGCCUGAGCCCACUGUCACUUGGAAAGACCAGAAAUAUGGGCUGGUGAGUGAUGGGGAGUUCUUAGACAUCACAGAGAUCAAAAGGCAGCAGGCUGAGGACUAUGAAUGCAUCACCAACAAUGGAGUUGGUGCAUCUGAUCAACGCAAGGUCAAAGUCACAGUAAAUUACCCUCCCAUGAUAACAGAUGUGAAGAACAUGCCAGCCCACCUGGGUAAAACAGCCAUCCUACGCUGUGAAGCCAUGGCUGUCCCGCCAGCCUCAUUUGAAUGGUACAGAGACGACCACAGGCCGGUAGAGAGUGACAACACCCUGAGGAUCAAAAACGAGAAGACGCGCUCACUGUUGCUGUUCACCAAUGUAACAGAGAAACACUUUGGCAACUACACUUGCUUUGCCUCGAACCGUCUGGGGGCUUCCAACGCCAGCAUGUUGCUGUUUCGACCGGGGGCUGUAUACGGCCGAGGGACCGGCUUACAAGCAGGAAUGAGCAUCAGCAUCUGUGUUUGGAUUUCCCUCUCCGUUGUUCUUCUGCUGAAGGUGUAAAAAAUCGGAGCUCAACCUGGAAUUGUUCCCUAAAAGCCCUGUGUCCCUUCUCCCCCUUUACUCCCUCCUCCUCUACGGAAAGAAGAAGGAAAUUAAAUUCUUUAAUUACGAACCCAUCACUGUGAACAAAAAAGAAUAUGCAUUAUUCCAGGAGCCAUUGAAUCAUUGCAUCAAACACAUGAUUACCCCCUCCCACCCCCAGCCCCCUGUACCCAACAAAAAAAAAACAAAAACCUCCCAGUCCUCCUUCUCUCGGUAAAUUUUUCUCAUCAUAAACCCUUUCAUCAUAAAGUCUUUCUCUCUUUCUCUUUCUAGUCUCUUUCCCAAAACACCUUGCAGAUUUGUCUGACUUGGUACCCCCUCCCCCCCUUCCCUCCUCCUCACCCAGUUUCCCCCCAUUAUUACCACUGGGCUGAUGUUGAAAAGAGUGUAUAUUAAUGAUAAACGUGUCAGUGAUCAAUGAGAAAAUAGAUAAUCUAACAACUGGACGAUCAUUUGUGUAAUAUACUACAUAAACUAAUGACUGACUUCAGUGUUUUGCCUUACAGAAAUGAAACAUAAAAAUCUGUACGAUGGAUCGUUAUGGAAAUGCUAGUGUUAGUGUGGUACCAGAGGUCAUGUGACCCAUUGAAAAUUGUCCGCUUGGUUGGUGGCGGUGUCCAUAUGAUGUGUCACCCAAUGAUCACACACACACACACACACACACACACACACACACACACACACACACACACACACAAACACACAAACAAACACACAAACACACACACAUACACAUACAGUAUAUGGCUCUUUGAUUUUAACUGUGUAGCAGUGAAGCUGCUAUGAAUGAUGUCAAAAAUGUACAAAUGAACAAAAAAGGGUGGGUGGUGAUGGCGUCAGUCGCAACUUCCCCCUUGUGUAAUUUGAUAGGGGGGAGGUUUAUACUAAGCAUGUAGACCCCCUCACUACCCAAACCUUUUUAGCCCCCCACCCCUCUCCCAGACUCCUCCCCUUCCUCUUCCUCUUCCUCCCUCUUGUUCAGCGUGCUCUGUCUAGUCGCCCUUCACAUCGCUAUAGUGUUUCACCUGCCCCUCCUCCCUCCUUCCUCCCCCCUCCUCCCCAGUGUAAAUAUAUGCAGUACAGAGGCCAGGCAGGUGACCUCAAGUUGCCUGGCACCGAAUGACAUCUCCUUGACUGUGCUCCAGUCUUCUGAAGCAGGAAGAGACUGUCCAGUGACUGCAAUAUCUUCCGUUUCAAAGCUGCAGCUCCAUCCUCUAUGUCGCUUGUUGAUAGCAUGUACCGGUUAGAGAUGUUCCUGUUGUGAGUCCAUACUUCCUCCCUCCUUCCCUCCUCCCUUCCUUCCUUCCUUCUCUUCCCUGCACUGUGUCUGUUUUACUCUGCAAGGUUACCUGCUUUUACUUUUUUGGUGUUAAUAAUACUACCGAUGAUGAUGUUAAUAAGUAUUUGAAUAACUAUGAAUAGUAAUUCCAUGUGAGAAGAAGAAAAAAAAAAAAAAAAAAAAGAACAAAAUCGGAUGGUAAUGAGCCGUGCGUGGGGAAAAAUAAUUUUUUUGUACUUUAACUGAGAAGUCACACACAUUGAACGACAAAAAAAAAAAAAUUCCACAAAAAAACAAACAAAAAAAGAUGUAAAGUUUUCAAAGUGAUGUGCUCUAUUUUGCCAUGACAAGCUUUUUAAAAACACAUUUGAAACAGUUUGAAAGAUUAUUUCAUCAGAAGCGGCGAAUGAUGAUGUAAUUUAUAAUUUGUUUACGGUUUUGUGUUUUUUCUGUUUACCACAUCACACACAUAUUCUGCAUAUUUGUCCACUCUUCAUAGUGUGUGUUUGACCAGAUAGAUAAAUGAUCUGGAACCGUGUCAGUCUCUGGUCGCAGGCUGUAAGUCGGGUUCUUAUACAGCCAGACCACAGGGAGAUAAAGAUGUAAUUAGCUGUUACCUGUGGCUGGCUAAGUGAAGGAGCCCAGGCUCUACCUGCCCCCCCCACCGCCACCGCCACAACCCCACUCCCCACGCCAGCCAGUGAUGGCCCCAUAAAUCAAGCUCAAUCCUGCCAAUGACAGGAAUCCUCUUCAAGGACAACCUUGCUUUAGUGCACCAGUACCCCCCCACCCACCACCACCACCACCACCACCACCACCUCCACCUCCAUUCACCAACUCAAUAUGUACCUGUGUCGUGCAGGUAUGGGCACCACAAAACCCCCAUGGCACAAUUAUCCUGCCACCUUUAAACCUACCCCCCUCCCCCCUAACACCCCUCCACCACACAGCACAAACAGUGGGAGGUUAGCCCAUAUUUCAGCAUGGAGGCACUCAUUUCCCCACCGUUCCACACACACACACAUACAGGGAUCGUAUGCAAAUUUGCUGUGAAUGAGCCUGCACGGAAAGAUGAGUUUGUCCCAGCUGAUAACUGUUAAACAAGGGGAAUUACUCAGUGCUGAAUCAGUUGUCUGAAUGUGUUCUGUUUGAUUUUCUUUCAAACCAGCAAUAACCCCUUACUCUACUGUGCAAGAGGUAACAACUAUGGUUAAAGCUGUGGUGUAACGCCAUUAAUGAGAUAUAUCAAAUAAGUCUGUUGUUGUACUUUAACUGUGUACAGUACUCUGAAAUGAUUGUGAAGCUCUGUCUAAAUGACCCUUACUCUAAAGGAAAAAAAAAAACCUACAUUGAUGUAUUCAAAAAGUCUUGCCCUCUUGAGAUGUAGUCGGAUUGUGACAGAACAGACGCUGUUUGUGCAUGCAUCUUGUUGCUCCAAAAAUAAUGAUGGAUUCCAUUUUCAAGCACAAGAGCAGGUGGUUUGAUCAGUGCUUCUUUUUUUUUCUGUCUCUGUCUCUUUUUCAUCCUCCCAGAGUCUCAUGCUGUUUUUUUUCUGUUUUUUUCCUUUUUAUGUUUCUCUCUUAAACAUUGUACACUGUUUCAUGUCAGCGUGCCACUGUUUUGUUUUUGUUUUUUUUUUUACUUUUUUUUUAAUGUUAUUAUUUUUUGUGUGGCACAUAACAUCUGUAUGUACAUAAUCUGUCCUUGAUGAAGAAAAAGAACAAAAAACAGAAGAUAAAAAAACAAAACACGGACAAAAAAAA